AUGAGCACUGCAACAGAAAAAGACAUUGUGUCUUCAGAUAACAAGACCAAUCUGGUUUUAGCAGGUCAGAAGCACGAUUUCGAAGGGUUUCAAUCAGUGCUUGAUCCAGAUGACGAAGGUUCUCAACAUCUAGAAACGCUCAGAAAAGAAUAUGGAAGCACCUGGAACGGACCAGAUGACCCAGAAAAUCCUUAUAAUUGGCCAUCAUGGCGUAAAAUCACCAUUGGUGUCAUAUUUUCACUAGGACAGCUAGUGACUUUAAUGUCAGCCAGCAUGAUUGCCGCCGCUCUUGGCGAUAUCUCCCGCGAUUUGAAGAUUGAUGACUACACUGCUCAGAUAAUAUUUUCUACUUACUUCCUCGGUCUGGCCAUUGGACCCUUCGUGGCGGCCGCAUUCUCUGAAGUCACUGGCCGAAAAGGUAUAUGGCUAUUUUGUAAUGCGUGGUACAUUCUGUGGAAUGCUCUCUGCCCACUCGGUAAAUCGAAGGCUUUGAUGAUUACGGGUAGACUCAUGACGGGAAUAGGAGCCAGUGGUGGUAUCACGGUAUGUAUCAAUACAAAGAGGCCCAUUCCUAAAAGCCUAUUGACUGACUCUCGCCACUUCUCAAAGCUUACUGGACCCGUCAUGGCCGAUAUGUAUGGAAAACGAGAACGUGGAAAGUCGCUCGCAAUUGCAUCUUUUCUACCUUACCUUGGACCUGCACUUGGCCCAAUAUUUGGAGGCAUUAUCGCACAAUUGGUGGUGUGGCCAUGGAUAUUCUGGAUCAUGUCGAUUUUUAACAGUUUCAUGACCUUAGCGGGGUACUUCUUCAUUCGAGAAUCGUACACACCAGUCCUUCUUCGACGAAAGGUCAAAUCCGAAGCUGAGUUCAUAUCUAACGCCGAAAGGACAUUUGAUGCCAAAUAUUGGCAAGAACUCUUUCCUCAAUUGUCUAUCGGACUUGCCCGUCCCUUCCAAAUCUUAAUACGUCGGCCAGUAAUCCAAUUAAUCACAUUCGCAUUUGGAGUUGGCUUUGGCAUUUACACGAUUUUGAUUUCAACUUUUGCCACUCUUUAUAUAGAGCGUUACAACCAGACUGUAUCAAUCAGCGCUCUUCAUUAUAUUGCAAUCGCUAUUGGUGCAAUAGCUGCGUCUCAAAUUGGGGGUCGUAUCAUGGACUGGCUAUACAGACGUCUUAGCAAGAAAAACAACAAUCAUGGCAGACCAGAGUUCCGUGUUCCAUAUUCAAUGGGUGGUGCUAUCUUAAUGCCGAUUGGACUGUUUUGGUACGGCUGGGUGGCCGAAGUAACUGGCCCAUGGGCAGUGGUUGAUAUCGGCGCAUCUGUCUUCACCCUAGGAAAUAUGGUGUUCAGCCAAGGUCUUCUUGCUUACCAACUUGAUGAGUUUGGUAAAUACGGGGCAUCGGCAAAUGCGGCAUCCCGAGUGGGUUCGAACAUUAUGGGAUUCAUUCUACCUAUCUUCGGGCCCCAGCUUUAUGACAAACUGGGAUUCGGAUGGGGCAACAGUUUAUUGGGCUUGAUAUGGAUUGUUUCAGGAGGUCCUAUCUGUUUUUUAUUGUACUAUUGGGGUGAAAGAAUACGUGCAAUUGGUAGAGAGACUGAGGAUGAAGGUUCUCCAAGGAAUUGA